CAGCCCUGCUUCCGUUGCUCCAUUCUCAUCGCAGACUUGCCUCGUCGUGCAUUGCUUGGUGGUCUCCUCCGAUGGGCUUUACCAGUGCCGUGCAUGUCUUCGUGACCCAUGGCACCGAUUAGUGUAAGCAUGGCACAUCGAAGAAGAAGCAACUUACUUGAGUAUUUCUUCUUCUUUGCUAACUGGGGGAGUGUUACAAAAUGGAGUACAUCGUGCAGAGCUGGUACAUCGGAGAAGAAAGAACUGGAAUAUGUAUGCUAUCAGAAGCACCACUGAGGGGAAGCUGUAGAGAAGCUGAGCACUUAUCUGCAGGACCAAAAACAUAUACUAGAGAGAGAGAGCGAUCCUAAAUCCCUAGGACAAGAAGGUUACAUGAACGCCCCACAUUCCCAUGAUCAUCGUCUCCGAUUCCUGCUAAAUAUAUAACAACUGAAAUAUUAUAAAAGGGCUUCCUCCUCACUCACAUCUCAACCUGCCAUGACUUCAGCUCCUUCAAAGCUCUAUGCAGAUGAUGUUAGCCUUCUGGUGGUCUCAUUGGAUACAAAUCCCUUCUUUUGGAGCACAUUUUCCCUCCCAUUUUCCGAGUUUAUUUCACAUGUACUUGCGUUUUUGAAUUCAAUCUUACUUCUUGGUCAACUUAACCAAAUAGUUGUUAUUGCCACCGGAUGCAACUCAUGUGGCUACAUAUAUGAUUCUUCUUCUAACAAUAACCACAGUUCAGAAACUGUAGGAAUGCCUGCACUUUAUUCUAAUUUGUUGCAGAAAUUGGAGGAAUUUGUCGUGAAGGAUGAGCAAUUGGGCCGGGCCCAAACACCAGGGGCCAUUGCAUCUUCACUGCUAUCUGGAUCGUUGUCUAUGGCCCUUUGUUAUAUACAGAGAAUUUUUCGCUCAGGACCACUGCAUCCUCAACCUCGGAUUUUAUGUUUGCAAGGAUCUCCAGAUGGACCAGAACAGUAUGUGGCAAUCAUGAAUGCAAUAUUCUCUGCACAGCGUUCUAUGGUUCCCAUAGAUUCUUGUUAUAUAGGAUCUAACAAUUCGGCAUUCCUCCAGCAGGCUUCAUACAUAACUGGUGGCAUAUAUCACCGGCCUCCCCAAUUGGAUGGUCUUUUUCAAUAUCUUUCAAUGGUGUUUGCAACUGAUUUACAUUCCCGUGCAUUUCUACGUCUUCCUAAAUCUGUUGGUGUGGAUUUUCGUGCCUCGUGCUUCUGCCAUAAGCAAACAAUUGAUAUGGGUUAUGUAUGCUCUGUAUGCUUAUCCAUAUUCUGUGAGCAUCAUCAGAAGUGUUCAACCUGUGGCAGUGUAUUUGGUCAGUCUCAAUCAGCAGCCAAGCGGCAAAGAGAAGCUUCUGAUGCAUGAGGCUAUGGUUUAUUUUUGUACGUCCAUCAUGAAAGUUAAUGGGUUAAGGUGCUUUGCCAUACCUUGCAGCGCAAUGAAAUGAUUGGGCAUUUUGUCAUUGUCUACUUUAUCUCGCUCAUAGAAGUGGCUUUUCUUGGUACAAACUUGAAAUUUGUUAGGGAAGAUUAUUGUAGAUCUACAAAAUUCAAGAUUUAGAUAAUUGAUUAGUAGAUUUACAGGAUUUCUCCCUAUGGGACGUGGAUAAGAUUGUCUUCUGUCGGAAUGCUGUCAUUCAAUCAAGAAGCUUUCAUUUGACUUGUGUCUAGUUUUGCUUCUGAAUGAAUGGUUGAGGCAGGAUUUUCGUUUUAUAGGCCAGUUCUUUUCAGGUGAACUAUAUAUUGUAUCUUAAUGGUAUUUAUGCUUUGUUGGAGAAAGCCUGUAAAGUUAUGUUACUGCAUGGGAUUCAUGUUCUAUUAUACGCACUUUGAAGAGGAUCCAAUGGCUGAACUUUAUGGUU